UUACCGUUCAUAUAGUCCAACUAGCACGGAACGUUGACCGGUGAUCUCUGCCAUUCGCUUUUACCGUUGCAAAAGCGGUCUUACAUCAACUCGGCCUGUUCUUGAUGUUAUGGCUCGACCGAGCAGCCACACGAUCCUGCGUCCAAACUCUUUCGAAAGGAUGUAUGGUACAUCGUUUAUUUGACUCCCUAGGAUGCCGGCGCUGUCCAUUUGAUUAAUGUGACCUCUAUGCUCUCUCAUUCUCAACAUCCUUCACGUACCUGUCGCAUCAUUCCAUCACAAUUAAGGUAGACCUCCCGGCGGAGAAGUCAGCUCCAUCCCAAGCCCAGAUUCCCGACUCCUUCCUUCCCAAUUUGCAAACAUAUCUCUCUCAAAAGAACAUGCAAAUUGCUGCCUUAACAGGGAUUCUGUUCUGGUUCCCGUCUCCAGUUUACCCUGGAUCAUCAUCAUCAGAGUCGCCAAUGCCGCUUUGCCUGGAUACGCCAUCCCUAUGGACCAAAGCUAGACCACUGAGCAAGUUCAAGCCACUCUCGGGCGGUGUUGAUUACGAUUCGCAUCGAAGGGUCCCUGAUCGCGUAUUGAAGCUCUCCCCCAUAAUACAACCAGCCAUCGGGAGAUCGUCCAGGAAACCACGAUCGAACGGUCUUUUAUUUUUAAUUUUGGGUCGCAUUCCAGACUCAACGAACGGAAGCAAAUUUCCACUGCUAUCCCUUAUCGCGGUUGGGUUGAGCCCCACUUUCCGUAUCUUGGAGAGCAAUUUUUUUUGCUCUCCGAGACGCACGCAGUUGUCCGGAACGGUUAGUCACGUCACGACAAAUGGGUACUUUCCUAAAGGCGGGAUUGCUCUCCGGACCUUCGGCGGGACCCCAGGGACACUCUUGUUCCAAACACAGUUUAUGCAACCAACUAACAACCUCUCACCUCUCUCUGUAUCUCAAAGGAAGACUCUGGCCCCAAUCCUGCCCUUUUUUUUGUUGCAGCGCCGGUCAUCUAUUAUACGGUUUUGAUACCCGUCCUCCUACAAAUCCCCCUUUAAUGGAAGGAAGAAAGCUCGUGGGAAGUGGUGGGAAGGAGAAAGAA